AUGGCGCAAGGUUCUGUGGGUGCAGCCAUGUCGGCGGAACGAGGAGGGGUACAGGAGGAAGUCGCAGGCAAGAAGACGUUAUUGAUAGCGUCGCUGUCUCCCGACGCGUUGCACGAGGUGCAGCAGUACGAGAAGCUGCUCAAGUUUCGCGACGAGGUUCUCAGCGGUGCUCACCCGCGCAUCAAACCACCACAGCUUGGGAAAGUCGCCCAAGCCGCGAGCUCAAAGUCGACAGCUCCUGCUUCUUCUUCUACCACUUCUGCCACCAAAUCAUCAUCCAAUGCUGCGGUAAAUGGAAGUCGCCCACUAAUUAACAAUCUGCCUUCAUUCCGGGCGAACCAGCAAGUUCCGUCAGUAUACAUGGCCACUAACCUUCCCGGCUUGGGCAUGCUGUCGCAGAAGAAGCCUUCGGGCUCUGGCAAGCCCGAGAUCGAUCCGGUUCUGCUGGAGAAGUCUGACGACUUGGUCAAGGCUGAGAUCCAGCUCCGGCGGCAGAGAAUUGAGCGUGCUCUCAAAGAUGAAGUUGAGCAGCGUCGCGUCACAAGCAAGCCACACGAGCAGAUGGCUGAUCUCGAUGUCAACGACAUCUUGGCUAAGGCCAUGACAUUAUCCGAGGAUGCGCCUCCUCAGCCCACUGAUGAUGCAGCUGCUAACACAUCAGCAUCGAGCGACUCUUUCGAUAACAAUACUUUCUACUCUAGUCAACAUGGUACACCCGAUUCAGUCAUGGCAGCCCGAAUCCCCAACGAGUCCGAAGACGAGGAAAUGCGAGAAGAAUCGCCCUACGAGCCCGAGUUCGAUCCAGAGCCCGACCUCCCGACGGCCAUUGCCCACGCACAAUCCCUUCUCGACACGUCUCAGCCCAUGUCGAUACCGGGCGUUUCUACAUCCCAACAUCAGCCACAGCCGGCUCGGACCAACCCAACACUUCCUGUCCCAGCUCCUUCCUUUUCAAUUCCUGGAAUAGGCGCGGCGAACACAUAUGGUAGCGGCCUGGCCGGUCGUCCUGGACCGUCCGGCAGUGCUGGCAGCGGCCCAGGGAACCAGCAUCUACUCAGUCAAACUCGUGGGAACCAGAAUCAGACAUCCCCAGUUGUGCGAGGACACGAUCUCUCCCCUCUUGCUCCCCAACCAGAGCGUGUCUCUCCCCUGGCUUCUCUGGCCAUUACAAGACAACCUCACUUGGUUGAUUCUGACUCCAGUGGACGCAGGGCGACUCCUGCCCAGGUCGCAGCCCUUAGAAAGCAAACAUCUAACGCGUCGAGCCCAGAGAGCUCCCCACAGGCUGGUAAGGCGGCCGAUAAGAAGAAGAACAAAAAGAAGAACAAGAGAAAGGCGGACAGGUUGGCUGUUGAGACUGCUGUGUCGCCAGUCAUUAAGCCUGAACCACGAUCACCAUCCCCUCUGACGGCCGCUCCUUAUGCUCGGCCCAGCAAGCGCCAGAGGCAAGGGCGCCAGCAAGCUGUUGACUCUCCCUACGAAGAGCACAGGUAUCAAGAACCAAUCCGUGUAGAGACUGGUUACCAAGAGUGCUACCAGCCUAACGGCAGUUUCAGGCAGGAACGGGUCGUGGCCUACGGACGAGCAGAUGGGGCAUAUCGUCCUCGCUAUGACGAUGAGCCCAUUUUGGUCACAUCACCAAGGUACGAGAGGGUCGAAAGGGUUUACUAUGAUGAGCCAAGACAAGCGGUGAGCGCCCGUCCCAUCCGUCCGGAUUCCCCAGGCGCCCAAGGUGCUCAAUAUGCUUCACGGGAGGUUCGUACUGCUCGUCCUGUGGCAUAUGAGGAAGGCGGUGCCGUUUACCGCGACGUCAGAGCUGCCUCCAGGAUGAGUAUGCGCCCAGUCGCGUACGGCGACCGUUCACAAUCGCCCAUCAUGUAUGAGCGGCCGCCUGCAGCUAUGCCUCCGCCCAGGGCACCCGUGAGACGCAUUCUUGUUGAUGCCCAUGGCCGAGAGUAUCUCGAGCCCAUUCGUUCGACUACAGUCGUGCGCGAGGAAGUGAUCUCGGACCCAAGAGGCGAGAGGCUCUAUUCUGCGAGGGAAAUGUCACGGAGACCAGAGGUGAUGGAUGACGAGGUCAUCUAUCAGGGUGCGCAGCCUGUGUAUGGAGCGCCGAGACGGGUGGUGACCCAGCCAGAGUACGGUGCUUACCGCGAGAGUGCCAACCCCAUGGCUCCUCCACCUAUGAACGAGUAUGCGCCUUCGCGUGCGGAGCCUCCCCGGGAAUACAUGGCCAGACCGGCUAGUGUCAGGCCCGGGAUGGAGACAGUUCGCUAUGAACCUAGCACCAGCUAUGAGAGGGUUCCUUUUGAGGAUCGGGGGAGGGAUUACUACGGUGCUGGAGCUGCUGGGACGGUGAGGUCGGCCAGCGUCCGGCCUGGCGCGGAGAGCAUCCGAUAUGAGGUUCCGGUUGCUUACGAGAGGAGGGUCGGAAGUCAAGUGGAGGAGUAUGUGCCCCUGAGGUCGGCUAGUGUUAGGCCGGGUCAGGAGCCUGCGCGGUAUGACCCGUAUGGAGGUGGUGGUCAGAGGGUUGAGUACGCUGCUCCGCCGCCGGUUCCUGCCUAUGGAAUGCAGCCGCCGCCCCCGAGGUCUUAUAGUGUUUUGCCUGCCGAGAGGGUGGGGGAGAGGGGGUAUAGCAUUCAGCCUCCUCCGCCUCCGCCUUCGCAGCAGGGGGGUCAGGCUCAGGGCCAAGGUCCUCCGAGUGGCGGGGGUUAUUAUGCUAGGCCGCCGCCGGCGGGGAGGGAGGAUGAUGAGGUUGUGUACCUGGAUCGUCCGCCGCAGAGGGAGGUAUAUAGGGAUAUGCGUUAG